UGUUAUUGUUAAGCUUAGAAACUGAGGAAACAGAUCUGUGAAGAUAUUAUACUUAUAAAUUGGUCAAGUUCAACAGCCAAACAAGUCAUUCAAUAAUCAACUUCGAACGAAUUCACAUCUAAACGAAUUGGAGAAAGUGUACCAGCAAUCAUCUCACAGUCUAAGUUCCAGUCAAAGAUCUCUCUACUAUGGAAAACCUAAUGAAGUUACUCGUUGUGCAGUUUAUCGUGCUGAUUGUUACGCUACGUACGGUGCGAUCUCAAGCCAUCGGCACGGAUUGCAUUGGGAGAGACUACCUCUGCUUAGACGACCGACGGUUUCAAAUCUGCAUCGACUUCGGUGAGGGGAAGACGCAAACCGUAGAUGAAGAGGCCCAGUCCUGCCCAUGGGGGACAUUCUGCAGCAAUGCGGGUCGAUUCGAGUGUGACUCAUCCGUUGCGCCAGCUACAACGGCAGCUCCACAGGUGGUUACCACCCCAGAACCAACCGAAAUAACUCCUGAGGAUAAUACAACGGAAGUCCCAAGCGAGCAACCUCAACCGGAAAGCUCAGUCGCGACGGAGGAAACUGCUACAGAAUCGACCAGUGACAACCCAGAAAUAACGACUGUUACCGUAGAGUCUCAUCCAGAUACUACGGUCAACUCAGAAUCUACGGUUGUUCCAGAACUGACUACGUCGGAAGAACCGCAACCCAACUCUACGACUGCUCCCGAAGAGCCACAACCAGAAUCUACAGUUGCAUCAGAAGAGCCACAGGAAGUUGCUACCACCACCGAAGAAUCUCAUCCGGAUACUACGGUCACCUCAGAAGAACCACAAUCAACGAUUGUUCCAGAGGCGAGCACCUCGGAAGAACCGCAACCCAACUCUACGGCUGCUCCCGAAGAGCCACAAGCAGAAUCUACACUUGCACCGGAAGAGCCACAGGAAGUCACCACCACCACUGACGACUCUCAUCCGGAUACUACGAUCAGCUCCAAUGAACCACAAUCUACAGCUGUUCCAGAGGUGACCACCUCAGAAGAACCGCAACCUGACUCUACGACUGCUUCCGAAGAGCCUCUGCCAGACUCUACAGUUGCAUCAGAAGAUCCACAGGAAGUUGCUACCACCACCGGAAAAUCUCAUCCGGAUACUACGAUCAGCUCCAAUGAGCCACAAUCUACAGCUGUUCCAGAGGUGACCACCUCAGAAGAACCGCAACCUGACUCUACGACUGCUUCCGAAGAGCCACUGCCAGACUCUACACUUACCCCGGAAGAGCCACAGGAAGUUUCUACCACCACUGAAGAUAACGCUCAAGCCGAAACAACAGUGAGCAACGGUGAAGGAGAAUCUCAACCGGAAACUACAGCUGCAAGCGAAUCACAACCGGAAACGACAACUGAUGCAGCAGGUGAAGCGACUACUGAAGAGCAUGGUUCUGAAACUACUACUGAUGCCGGUGAGGAUGAAUCAUCCCCAGUCACAACAGCAGCUCCCGAAACAACAGUUGCUCCACAAACUACCAAUAAACCGGAAGGCACAGCUGCGCCAGAAACGACAAGUGUUUCGGAAACUACAACUGAAGACAUUGGCAUAGAGGAAACAGCUGCUCCAGAAAUUACUGAUGCUUCGGAAGGUCCAGAAACUACCACCGAUGCGGAUGAACAAUCCCCAACCUCUCCAGCUGCCCCAGAGACUACAAGUGCCUCGGAAACUACUGCUAACCCAUCAGAAAACGGUUCGGAAACUGCAGCAACAUCUGAAGCAGCUCCAGAAACCGUUGAUCCUCAGGUAACCAACAAUCCAACCGAAGGAACAUCCAGUUCUACUUCGACUCCGGAAACCACGGAGGGUAACGUCAAUUCUGAAGCUACCGAAUCCGGUGGAUCAAAUACCGAUCCAGAAGCCGGACAAACCCCAACAGAGUCUACAGCUGGCCCCAGCUCAACAGAGCCAUCAACGACAACCUCCGCGCCCACAACCACCACCGAGCUGCCCUUCGUCUGCCAGCAAUCAGGUCGUUUCCCGGAUCCCCACGACUGCAGCAAGUACCAUGUGUGCCUGUGGCUCCCCUUCGGUCUCUACCAACUGGAACAGAACUGCCUGCUUGGCAUGGCCUACAAUCCAAUCCUGCAGCGAUGCACUGCCGACCAAAGUCCAUGCUUCCCCGGUCAGUUCACCUGUACGUCCCCGGGACGCUUUCCCGAUGUCGCUGAUAACACCAAGUACUUCUGGUGCGUGUGGAACGUUUUCGGAGGCUACCUGCAGUACCAUCAGGAAUGUCCACUGGGACAGACUUUCGAUCCGUACCGUAGACGAUGCGUUUCUCCACCAACACCUCAGCUAGUAUCGAAUGAAGACGAUUCUGAUUCCGGUCAUGAUGGAUCAGAUUCAGAUUCAAGUUCAAAUUCGGACUCGGUGAGUGAAUCUGCGGACUCGGAUCACUCGAAGGAUACGGAGGAAGAGGAACCGGUCAAGGAGGUCAAAUUCGACUGCACCGAAGAGGGAACAUUCCCGGAUCCGAACAACUGCUCCCGGUACUUUAUCUGUACGCUCAAGAAGAAAGACAAGUUCAAGAAGAGCAAACUGAAGUGCCCGAAGGGACAGCAGUUCGAUGUGGCCCUGCAGCUUUGUACGGAUGAUGUGGAUGUGCUGUGCGGUUGAAGCAUUUUGGAUUAAGUUUUAAAAUAUCUACGCAAUGUGAUCACCGUUUCCAAAUAUAG